AUGCGCAAAACCGUGUCGAUAUUUUCCGUUGCCUUCCUUCUGAUUGAUCAAUUACCCAUUCUUUACCUCAUUGCACCUGUUCCGUCUUUAUCGGACAUCUUGCUGACUCGAAGCAAAAUAGAACAUGUCGCGACCGGGUCCCGCACCUGGCUUGGAGCAAGGCUCUGCUCCUGGCCUUCCUCCUCAGGGUCCCCAGGCGCCUCAGGGUGCCCAGCCGACACCUCCUGGAUAUCCCCAACAGCCGCAGUACCCCCAGGGCUUCUACCCUCCUUAUGGUGGACAGCGCUUUGGACCUCCUCCCCCUUCCCACCUGGUCCGGGUUUCCCUAACGUGCCCUACGGUGCGCCCCAGGGAUGGUACCCUCCUCCCGGCCACGGCUUCCCUCCGGGUCCCGGCCAGUUCCCUCCUCAAAUGCCCCUUGGCAGUUCUGGUCUACCUCAGCAGCGUCCUGGUCCUCCUGGCGCUGCGCCUGGUCCCAAGCCUACCUCGGAGCUGCCCGUCGGCGACAAGGUCCUCAGCAAGCCAGCUAGCCGAAAUGCUACUCCUGGUGCUCGCAAUGCUCCGACCCCACCGAUCGAGUCAAAGCCGUCAGUUGCUGAAGCGAUUCAAGCACCGACUGCACCUAUGACAGCCCAGCGGAGCGGUCGCGUCGUCCCGGCUAUCCCAAUGGCUGCACCCAGACCUGCUGUUCCCAUGAACAACGGAUCUACCCAUGGUGCUCCCGGUAACGCCAAUGCUACCUCUGCCGCCGCUGCCGCUGUCGCCGCUGCCAUGGCCAAGCUGCCACCUCCCGGUGCUCAGCAGAAGCCCCGUCAGCCCAAUAUGUCUGUCGACGCCAUGACCCAGCAGAUGCACGACAUGCGGCCCUAUGAAACUACUCGUGGCCGUGGUGGUCAUCAGCAUCGCGGUGGACGUGGAGGGCCUCGCCCUCAACACCAGCACAAGAAGAUUGAAGUCCCUCAAUCGGACUACGACUUCCAGACUGCCAACGCCAAGUUCAACAAGCAGGACUUGGUCAAGGAGGCCAUUGCUACUGGCUCUCCUGCUGCUGAAGCUGAAGCUCACAGCCACGAUGGUGAACCUGAUAUCGGCAGCGAUGCCGGAGCCGGUCACACAUCGAAUUAUAAUCGUGGAAGCUCAUUCUUCGAUAACAUCUCGAGUGAAGCUCGUGAUCGUGAAGAAAACGCGACCAACCGCCUCGGCGGCCGCGAGUGGCGCGGUGAGGAGGAGAAGCGCAACAUCGAGACCUUCGGCCAAGGUAGUGUUGACGGAAACCGUGGUCGGGGCCGAGGCCGCGGACGUGGCUAUGGUCGUGGCCGUGGAUAUGGCCGCGGUCGCGGCUACGGUGGUCCUCGUGGCGGUCGUGCUCCCUCCUCGACGGGAGUCCCCUCGCUGAGUUAA